AUGUCGUCAAGUGACGACGACUUAUUAAUGGCAAGUGCUGCUUUUGUGAUAAUGAACUCAUUAUUAAAAAAAGAAGAAAAAAAAAAAAGAAGGCACAGGCGUUGGUGGAUGACUUCGACAUUUAAAAGUCGAAUAACUUAUAGUGGUAGUAAUUUACUAGAGGAUUUGCGAAGAGAAGAUUCUGGUCAUUUUAAUAACUUCUGCAGAAUGCCACCAGCUACAUUUGACGUAUUACUAGAAAUGAUCACGCCUAUGAUUAAAAAAGAAGACACGAAUUUCAGAAAGGCUAUACCACCUCAAGAGCGACUAGCCUUAACCUUACAUUUUUUAGCAACUGGGAACUCUUGA